AUGCCUAAAGGAAUGCUCCCAACCGAGAACAGCCUGGUCAUGUUCUCCACCGCCCAGGAAGAGGGGGUUGAGCCCGCCACCUUCUUGCAUGUCAUCGAUGAGGCGAAGUUGGAGCGGAUCCGCCUGCGUUUCCGUGACGAAGACAUGGUGCAAAAGGUCUCCAGGAAAGAAUGUCCGACCUUGCUCGACCUCUACAAUACCAUGCGCGACACUGGUCCAGGCUACCUCGUCGACACUCUUCAGGGGCGUCUCAGAACCGCUCUGAGGACCAGAAUGACGGACAAGACAGACCUCUAUUACUCACCUUUCGAAAUGCGUUCCCGUCUCACGCACACCAAGAUGUCCCGAGGUACCCUCCCCAGCGGGACCAGCUCGAUCAAUUUCUCCACCGUUCACGAGAAGGAAGUGGAGCCCGCCACCUUCUUGAAUAUUCUAGAUGGGGCAGAGCAGACACGCAUCCUCUUCCGAGAUGGCGCCGUGGUCCGGUUGCUGUCCAACAAGAAAGGUCAGACCUUGGAUGAUCUCUACGCAGCCAUCAGCGAUCGUGCCGCCCUUGAAAUUCUCCAGGGUCGCCUGAUGCAUGCCGAGCGAACGACGAUUCCGGAAGACACAUCAGGCCAAGCCUCGCGAGGGGAGUGA